GUGGUCCUUGACAUGACUGGUGAUGUCGAGGUGUUGUGUGGUUGGGUGAGUAUGCGUGUUGUGGGUAAUGUGGUUCGGGAAUGGCGUUUUAAGGACUAAUUGAUGUUUUACUUCUUUGCUUGAUGCCUUUUCAUUAAGAUAAAGAACAUGGCAUACAGAAGAGAGAGUAUGCGAGAUGACAGCGACAUCUUUCGCAAUGUUCGCAAUAUCUUCACUUCGUUGAAUGAUAAAUUAGAGAAGGACGUGCAGGAGCAUCUGCGGGCUGUUUAUGGAACUUUGGCAUUGGGAUUAAUCGCUGCAACCUUUGGAGCUCUGCUCCAUUUGUUCAUCGAUUUCCUUCAUGAUAACUUUUUCCUUUUGUUUGGUUCCGUUCUAUUAAUGGUAGCAAUAUUAAAGACCCCACAUACUGUUUAUAACGAACGUAAACGAUUUGGAUAUUUCAUCGCUUUUUGCGCUCUUUCUGGUGUGGGUUCCGGUCCAGUUAUUGAAAAAGCUUUAGUGGUUGAUCCGUCCACUAUCCUCACCGCAUUCCUAGCUGCUGCGGUCGUUUUCAGCUGUUUCACAAUGGCGGCGUUGUAUGCACCUUCCACAAAGUUUCUACACCUUGGAGGAAUUAUUACUUCGGGACUAUUUUUCAUCAUGAUGACGGCGGUAUUCUCACAUUCUGCGCUUAUGCAUACCACUUGCUUUUGGUUAGCGUUUGUGAUUAAUUGCACUCUGGUACUUUACGAUACGCAACUAAUUUGUGAAAAGCGUCGUCGUGGUGACACGGAUUAUAUACUUCACACUAUCGAAAUUUUCAUCGAUUUCAUAAACCUUUUCCGCUAUAUACUUGCUAUCCUCAGUGAGAAAAAGGAGAGAACGAAUCGUAAAAGAAACGACUAGAAAGACAGCAAGAACAGUUCUGCCUAUCUGAUUUUCCUAUUAUUCGCUUUUUUUCCUGUCUUUUGCAGCGUUCUUUUGAUUUGUAUUCAGUAAAAUUUAUCCACUA